AUAAAAAUGAUAACUUCAUUAAAUUUAUACAAAAUUGAAUUAAAUUGCAAACAAAAAACCCCGGUCGACGUUGAUUCGCUAACGCGAAUUGUCGUCAUCAUUACAAAUAUGGAGUUUUAGCAUGGAAAAAGGUCCUGAGAUUGGAUAAAACAUUAUUACCAUUGGAGUUGAUGACUUAUUUUUGGAGUAAGUAAGAACGUAAAAAUUUUCGUAGUGCUGAAUCAGUAAUCAACAAGAUAAGGUUAUCCUCAUAAUAUAUUAAAAAAAGUAGGAGCUAGUGUAAGCGCUGCUGCUGCCGGUGGACAAAAGAAGCGACACGAGGUAGGCAACGAGAGAGUGACGAAGCGGGACAAAACGCGAAUAAAGCGAGUUUUGUUACGUGUUCUCGAGCUACGUGCUGGAGUAGUGAGGCUAAGUAGUUGAAAAAAAGUUGAUAAUUGGUUAUAAGAAUUAUUUAAGAGUUGCAGAAAGGAUAAAAAUCUAGAAGGGAUCAAAACAACGGCACUCUUGUGGUCCGAUGUCUAGUGUUGAGGUGGUGGAGAGUUCCGUUGACCCUCCAGCCAAAAAGCGACGCGUUGCUGCUACAACGGGAGGUGCCGACGAGCCCGCGAUUAUGGCAGACAUGGCGAAAAAUGGAUCUACCUCCAAAGCACCUGGUGACAUCGAUGAAGGGCUUUAUUCAAGACAACUUUAUGUGCUUGGUCAUGAUGCUAUGCGACGUAUGGCGUCUUCUGAUGUCCUUAUUUCUGGUCUCGGUGGCCUUGGUGUCGAAAUAGCAAAAAAUGUAAUUCUCGGUGGUGUUAAAUCAGUGACACUUCAUGACAAUGUAAAGUGCCAAAUUUCUGAUCUUGGCUCCCAAUUUUAUCUUACUCAAGCUGAUAUUGGAAAAAAUCGUGCUGUCGCUUGUUAUCAACAACUUUCUGAACUCAAUAACUACGUUCCAACUAAAUAUUAUGAAGGAUCACUCGAUGAAGAUUUUAUCACCAAGUUCAAGGUUGUUGUGCUUACAGAAACUCCAUUGGAAGAACAACUACGUAUUUCUCAAAUAACCAGAAAUAAAGAUAUUGCAUUAAUUAUAGCUGAUACUCGUGGACUUUUUUCACAAGUUUUCUGUGAUUUUGGUUCUGCUUUUCAUGUUGUAGACACAACUGGAGAACCUCCAGUUAGUGCUAUGGUAGCUGGUGUUUCUCGUGAUAGUGAAGGAGUUGUCACGUGUCUGGAUGAUACUCGUCAUGGAAUGGAAGAUGGAGAUUACGUCACCUUCUCUGAAAUUCAAGGCAUGAUAGAACUAAAUGGAUGUGAACCUAAAAAAAUCAAAGUUCUUGGUCCAUACACUUUUGCUAUUGGAGAUACAUCAUCGUAUUCAGAAUAUGAACGAGGUGGUAUUGUUACUCAGGUAAAAAUGCCAAAAACUUUAACAUUUAAACCUUUAGAUGAAUCUUUGAAAGCACCAGAAUAUCUUAUUACUGAUUUUGGAAAAUUUGAUCAUCCAGAACAACUCCAUUUAGCUUUUCUGACUCUUCAUGAAUUUGUCAAAACUAAAAAUCAACUUCCACGUCCAUGGAAUCAAGAAGAUGCUGAUGAAUUUCUUCAACUUACUGAGACAGUCAAAGAAAAAUAUGGACUUUCAACUGAAGUGAAAAAAGAGCUCCUAGAAACUUUUGCAAAAGUAUCUGCAGGAGAUUUAAAUCCUAUGAAUGCUAUAAUCGGUGGAGUUGUAGCUCAAGAAGUGAUGAAAGCUUGUUCAGGGAAAUUUCAUCCAAUUUAUCAAUGGUUAUAUUUUGAUGCUAUUGAAUGUUUACCAGAAGAUCUUUCAGAAAUAACAGAGAAAGACUGUACCCCUAUCGACAGCCGCUACGAUUCUCAAAUAGCAGUAUUUGGACGUGAGUUUCAAUCGAAAAUUGGCAGCCUCAGGUAUUUCGUUGUUGGAGCUGGAGCUAUUGGUUGUGAAUUGCUUAAAAAUUUCGCUAUGCUUGGUGUUGGUGCUGACAACGGUUCGGUAAUAGUUACUGACAUGGACCUUAUUGAAAAGUCAAACUUGAAUCGUCAAUUUUUGUUCAGACCAUCAGAUGUUCAAAAAUCUAAAUCAUCAACAGCUGCCAAGGUGAUUAAAUCCAUGAAUCCAUUCAUGAAUAUUGUUGCUCAUGAGAAUAGAGUUGGUCCAGAUACUGAGAAAGUUUAUGAUGAUGACUUUUUCGAGCUACUCGAUGGAGUUGCUAAUGCAUUGGAUAAUGUUGAUGCUCGAAUCUACAUGGAUCGACGAUGUGUUUACUACAGAAAACCUCUGCUUGAAUCCGGUACCCUAGGAACUAAAGGAAAUACUCAAGUAGUUGUUCCUUUCUUGACAGAAUCUUAUAGUUCAUCCCAAGAUCCUCCAGAAAAAAGCAUACCAAUUUGUACUCUAAAGAACUUUCCGAAUGCCAUUGAACAUACUCUACAAUGGGCUCGAGAUAAUUUUGAAGGAUUAUUUAGACAGUCUGCUGAAAAUGCUGCUCAAUACAUCAGUGAUCCUCAAUUUGUCGAUAGAACUCUAAAACUACCUGGAGUUCAACCUUUGGAAGUUUUAGAAUCAGUUAAAACAGCAUUGGUGGAUGAACGGCCUAAGAAUUUUGCUGAUUGCAUUGCUUGGGCUCGCUGUCACUGGCAAGAUCAAUACAACAAUCAAAUUCGUCAGCUGCUCUUCAAUUUUCCACCUGACCAAGUUACAUCCAGUGGACAACCGUUCUGGUCAGGACCCAAGCGUUGUCCAGUUCCUCUUGAAUUCGAUGUCAAUGAUCCUCUUCAUCUUGACUAUGUUGUUGCCGCUGCAAAUCUGAAGGCUGCAGUCUAUGGACUUUCGCCAAAUCGCAACAGAGAUGAAAUAGCCAAGAUAGUAAAUACCGUAGAAGUUCCACCUUUUACACCAAAGUCUGGAGUAAAAAUAGCUGAAACUGAUUCUCAAGUUCAGGUCUCAAAUGGAAGUGGAAGUGUAGAUCAUGAAAGAUUAAAUCAGUUGGUAGCUGAGUUACCUAAUCAAUCUGCACUCCGAGGUCUUACUAUACAUCCUCAAGAAUUUGAAAAAGACGAUGAUACUAAUUUCCAUAUAGACUUUAUCGUGGCUGCUUCAAAUCUUCGUGCUAUUAACUACAAGAUUCCACCAGCAGAUAGACAUAAGAGUAAAUUGAUAGCUGGAAAGAUCAUUCCAGCGAUAGCAACAACGACUUCAGUAGUGGCCGGUCUUGUUUGUCUUGAGUUAAUCAAAUUAACUCGAAAAAGUAAAAACUUAUCAAUUUAUAAAAAUGGAUUUGUUAACCUCGCUCUACCUUUCUUUGGAUUCUCUGAACCAAUUGCAGCUCCAGUGCUUAAGUACUACGACACAGAAUGGACUCUUUGGGAUAGAUUUGAAAUAAAAGGAGAAUUAACACUUAAAGAAUUUUUAGAUUAUUUCAAAGACCAUUACAAUCUUGAAGUAACAAUGUUGUCUCAAGGUGUUUGCAUGUUGUACUCAUUCUUCAUGCCCAAGCCAAAGUGUCAGGAGCGUAUGGGAUUGCGAAUGUCAGAAAUAGUUAAAAAAGUAUCCAAGAAGAAACUUGAGCCUCAUGUUAGAGCAUUAGUUUUUGAACUUUGCUGUAAUGAUACUGAUGGAAAUGAUGUCGAAGUACCAUACGUUCGUUACACCUUGCCUUGACUUAACUAAAAAAUAAUCCACAUUAAUAAAUCCCCUUAACUGAAUAGUCCAUAAUGAUUUCUACAAUUAAUAUUUUGAAAAUGUAAUUGUAACUGGAGGACUAAAAAUAACAGUGUAUUUAUAAUUAUUAUAUUGAAAAAAAAAA